AAAUGGCACCAGAGAAUGCAUGGAGCUACCUGACCAUCUGGAAAAGUAUUACCUUUCUAUCAUGUACGCUCUUGAGUUCAUCUUUGGUUUCACUGGAAACAUUAUUGUUGGUUUUGGUUCACUUUUCUGCCAAAACAACUGGAAAAGUGGCAACAUCUACCUGAUCAACUUAAUCCUGUCAGAUUUAGCUUUCCUUUGCACACUCCCAUGGCUGGUGUUACGUUAUACCAAAGGAACAGAUGACCGCAAGUGGUGCCAUAUUAACAGAAUUCUCCUGCAUAGUAACUUAUAUACAAGCAUCCUUUUCCUGACCCUUAUAAGUGUUGACAGGUAUCUGCUCAUAAAGUAUCCCUUCAGAAACCACUUUCUACAGAAGAAAGGCAUGGCCAUUGUUUUCUCAGUAGCUGUAUGGGUCUGGGUUACAUUGGAACUGUCCCCCCUAUACCACUUCAUCACCUUUCAGAAUAACAGCAACAGUAACCUAUGUGAGGAUUAUGCCAGUUCAGGAGAACCAUUCCACAGCCUGUUCUACAGCCUGAUCUUGACAAUCACUGGGUUUAUAAUACCGUUGUGCAUCAUGUGGGUUUCUUACAUGAAGACUCAUGCUCUACUUAAAAGCCACAGUUCACAGCUUAGCACGGCUCUGCCCCUUGAGAAGCCGCUCACAAUAAUCAUCAUGGCAGUGGUUAUUUUUUCACUUCUCUUUGCUCCCUACCACAUCAUGCGCAAUGUUCGAAUUGCCUCUCGGGCAUCAUUCUGGAAGCUUUCCAAAUGCACACAGGACCUGAUUAAAGCUGUUUACAUAAUUACGAGGCCUGUUGCCUUCUUGAACAGUACAAUUAAUCCCAUCUUUUAUUUCUUAAUGGGAGAUCACUUCAGGGAGAUCCUCAUGAUCAAAGUAAGGUAUUUCUUAAAAAGAGUUCUACCUUGCUAUAAAUGAGAUUUCAAUGAAGCCUUUGGACAGGUAUGGAACACAUCAAAUUGCUAGUUUAUGUCAUGUUCACUGUUUCAAUGUACAGUAUACAUCGUAACGUUUCACAUGCCAUGGCGCUGAUGCGCAUUUC